UACGAAGUCAUUGAUACGUUAAAUUUAGGAAUAGAGUUAGUACAAGCUGCUCUGACGGAGAUAAUCGAGCAGCCCCACCUGACCUGUGCGUGCGGCCUGCGAAUUUUCUUUUCCCAACAAACGACAUCCGCAUAAAUGGUUGUCUAGCGCCCUCUACGACACUUUCGUGAUAUACGUACGCAGCUGGAAGAAAGCAGUCCACACCAAGAAAGAUCUGCCAAGUUUACAAACAUUUCUGGAGAUAUAUUGUUCCAGAUUGAGACAGCAGCCAUGAAGAUGAAAAUAUCAGAGCAGUCUUCGGAGCCGAGUGCUGUCGCCAAUGGAGUGAUCGAGUCAAAUAUAACUCCGUUUCAUUCAUGGUUGGGUAGUCGUGGCAUGUGGAUUUCAUAUCUGAUUGGAACUUAUGCUCUGCAUUUGUUCUUUCUCAGUCUACCUUUCCUGAAUGUAGCGAUGGUGUGGACACUUACAACAGUCACACACAGCCUGUUGAUGUACCUACUGUUUCAUUACAUCAAAGGCUCCAUCUGGUCAGAUUGUCAGCAAACGGAGCGCUACUUAACUCAAUGGGAACAGAUCGACAAUGGUGACCAGUUUACAACCACCAGAAAAUUCCUUACCGUCGUACCUAUUGUCAUGUUUUUCCUGGCCAGUUUCUACACAAAGUACCAAGCCACACAUUUCUUGAUCAACGGCAUCUUUACCUUGAUUAUUGUGCUGCCCAAGUUGCCUAUGUUCCAUGGUGUAAGAAUAUUUAACAUCAAUAAAUACUAACAAACAGCAAGCUUUAGGGGAAUUGUGUUACUUAUGAAAGAUCAAAGUUAUUUUGACAGAUGGUAACACAUUCCUGCUGGGAAAUGUCAUUGCUUAUUUGUGAAUGCAUUUAAGUUUAAUAAGAAUUGUUUACAGAAAUAAACUGGAGGCUUUUAAUAAUAUAAGUAAAUAGACUUUGGAGGAUUGGGACACAUUUACAAUUUACAUAUUUUUUUAAUUUUAAGUAUUGUGAUGUUAUGAAUUAAUGGUUGCUCAGACUUGCUCUUUACUGUUGAUUUUCACUGACAAGUUUUAAACAGACAUUACAGAUAUCAGAGGUUGUCAUA